AUGGCGCCGACGAAGCCCUACUUUGGGUUUACUGGAGGGUGGCUCACAUUCUGGGUCUCUUUGGCUUGCGCAACUGAUAUGACGUUGUUCGGAUAUGACCAAGGUGUCUUCAGCGAGAGACUAGGGCGCAAGAACGCCAUCCUUCUUGGGUGUACAAUCAUGGCUAUCGGGACUGUUCUCAAGGCGUCAUCCUACAAUCUGGCCCAGAUGUUCGUGGGCCGGAGUGUCCUAGAGCGAUUUGUUCCAGACAUUUGCAUCGGAAACGGCAUCAGUGCUGCCACAGCGCCAGUCUGGCAAACAGAGACCGCCCAAGCAAAGUGGCGAGGAAAGCUGGUUAUUCUCUAUUACCAGUCUCCAAAGUGGCUUCUAUUCCAUGGCCGCGACGACGAAGCCCUCGAGGCUCUUUCUUGUAUCGAGGCUGUGCCCCCCGAUGACCCUUACAUCAAGAUCCAAUAUGACGAAUUCAAAUACAGCAUUGCAUACGAACGCAGAACGCGAUGCCAUGGCGAGACCUCUUACGCAACAAAGCAGACAACACAAAGACUCUCCGUCGACUCCUAG